AGUUUAUUUCAACUUUCCAGAGAAGCAGUCGGACUCGAAACGAGCUAAUCUCCCAAAUUUGAACCCACCAUCCACCCGUCCGCUCCUCCAUCCACGUUGGAGAACCAAAGUCAUGGCGCACCGCCUCCAACUCCGCAGCGAUGACUUCGACGUAAUCGGCGCCGUGCCGCGCGAUCUGUCGGUGAUUAAGAACUUCCUGAAGCGGGACUGUGCCAUCAAGAAACUGAUUGACAUCGAGGAGGAGUUCCUGCAGGAGUGCGUAUUGCGUGGCCAGGAUCCCAUGAAGCUAAAGGGUAAAAAUGGCAGCGAGAUUGUGUCACGUGGUAGCGCGCAGGGAUCCAACGUAACCGAACCCAAACCGGAUCCCUGUGCUAGUAAAACCCCGGAGAACACAUUGGCGUCCGACUACUGUGAUCCCUGUCGACGACUGAAGACGUCCGUGGUUCUCGAAGAGCUUACGAAGCCGGCCAUCACAAAUCCGGUGUUCAACAAAUCCCUGCCGCCGUACUUUGAUGCAGAGAGCGUGAUGGGCAAGUCGUUGCCCGUGAAGUUCCGCUUCCGGCGCAAGUUUAACAAAUGCGAUCAGGAGAAGGCCGGCAACCUGAUGUGCACCACCACACCGAGCACCAAUGUGGUUGUGCUGACCAACUGCUGCGACGUGAUGGUCUGGCCCAGUCAGCGGGUGGCCCAGAUGAACCGAGUGCCGGUGACCAUGCUGACGGGCGAAGGCGAUCUCACGGAGUACAUGCUGGAGGAGGAGACCAUCAUGUGAGGGAAUGGAUGGGUGCAGCUUUCUGGCAUACAACAUGCAGGUCAAUAAAGCAUUAACCCCA